AUUUAUUAUUGUAUCUUUAUUUUUUUUUAUUUUUUUAUUAUUACGUAUAUAUUUAUUUAAAAUAAUAAUGAGCAAUGUACUUGAAACCAAACGAAAAGCAUGGGAUGUCAUUUUUAAUGACCCCAAUUUAUCUCUCAAUUCACUCAGACAUCGAGCUAUAGCAGGAACUGUUUGUCAAAGUGGAUUACGUUCAGUUUGCUGGAAGAUAUUUCUUGGUUAUCUUCCUACUCUAGAAGUUUCAACUUGGUCUUCCUUGCAGUUAAAGGAACGACAAGAAUAUGGAGAUCUUAAACGAAAAUAUAUUGAAGAACCUACGAAAAAAAUGAAGAAUAGUGAAAAAAAUGAAGAUGAUCUUUCAGAUAAUAAUCCACUUGCUCUAAAUGACAGUAACCCAUGGCAGCAGUACUUUAUUGAUGCUGAAAUACGUAAAGUGAUUCAGCAGGAUGUAGAACGCACGUUUCCUGAUAUAGACUUCUUCCGAGACAAUCAAGUACAACAAAGUUUAACUGAUAUUUUAUUUAUUUAUUGUAAAUUAAAUGAAGAUGUAUCUUACCGACAAGGAAUGCAUGAGUUAUUAGCUCCGUUGUAUUGGGUACUUGCCUUAGAAAGUAUAGAUCAAUCGAAACUGGAUUAUGAUUCAUCAGAUCCUGCUACUAAGUUAAUGGUUCAAGUAUUGAAUUCCAAUUUUAUAGAACAUGAUGCUUAUAUUUUGUUUAAUAAACUUAUGAAAUAUGGUAAAUCAUGGUAUGAGUUUAAUGAUGACAUACUGAAUAAAAAGAAAAAUAUAUCUACAAACAACAAAAUUAAGUCGGAUCUAUUAUCUAUGGCCAAUAAUGAUAUACCUAAGCCUACCGAAAGUGCUCGAUUAAAUCCUAUAGUAAUGACAUGCUAUCGUAUACAUCAUCAUUAUCUUCGUACUGUAGAUCCAUUAUUAUAUCAACAUUUAGAAAAUUUUGGUAUUGAACCACAACUAUAUGGACUUCGUUGGAUUCGUUUACUUUUUGGAAGAGAAUUUGAUAUUUAUGAAUUAUUAAAAUUAUGGGACGCUAUAUUUGCUCAAGAUCCAACGCUUCAGAUUGUGGAAUAUAUAUGUUUAGUGAUCCUUUUACAUAUGAGGGAUUUAUUAUUGCAAAAGGAUUAUGCAGAAUGCUUAAGCUUAUUAAUGCGUCCACCUCCUAUUUCGAAACCCGCUUCAUUAGUUGAACAAGCGAAAUAUUUGCAAGAAAAUUUGUCAACAGAUACUGCUUUACAUAUAUUACAGCAAAAUGAUGUUCGAUCAGGAAAGGAACCUCGUAAAAGUAUGUCUAAUGAUAUAUUUACAGAUUCAAUGAGACAACAUCCACCUUUAAGCCAUAAAGGCUCGCAAGGUUUUGAGAGUUUCUCGAGACUUACGAAUAAUGUGAUGAAGAAUCCACAAGUGAGAGAUUUAAAUAGAGCUAUUGCUGGUGUUAUGGGCACCGUCCAAAAAAAUGUAAAUACGUUUGGAGAGAAUAUUUUGGGUAGUAGUAGACCUCAGGAUGGAUUAGGACCAAGACAUUCUACAGUUUCGUCUGAAUUUCCUUCUACUAUUGAACGUAUAAUCACAACACAUAAAUCUGAGCAAUCAUCAUCAUUGCAAAAACCAUUAUCAUCACUCAAGCAUAACACUCCAACACAGCAACAGAGUUCUAUCAAUCAUCAAAUGGGUGAGAUGAUGGCAACAUGUAUUCGACUUUUGGAGAAUGAACUAUUUCCUUCGUCUGAAAAAGAAGAAAUGACUUUAAAAAAAGAAGAAUCUAAAAUGGAAAAUGGGACAGAUGAUGAUAACGAAGAAGGCGACGAUAUAACACCUUCUGAUAAAAACAAUCACGCUAAUACUCAUCAAAAAAUAUCAUUUGAAGAAAGUCCUAAUGAUAUGACGAUUAUCACAGCACUUGCAGGUCUUAAGCAUAUACGUGAUGUCUUACUCGGAAAACAGACCCAAUUAGACUCUAGUGUAAUUUCACAGUUUGAAAAAAAUGAAUCAUCAUCACCUCCUAGUGAUGAAUGGGACCUUGUUGACCGUACUGAAAUAGCUGCUCUACCUCCGCCAAAGCUAAACAAUAGAUCGUUUACUUCACCAUCAUUACUAACUGAAGAUAAUGAAAAGAGUAAGCCUUUACAGUUUACUCCCUACGUACCAACAACGCCAACACCGCCCAAACAGCAUAUUAAAUAUCGAAUCGAAGAUCUUUUGUCAGAUCCAGAUCUUCAAUUACCGAAUCUUAAAAGGGCGACCUCUACUCAAAAAUUUAAAUGGGUAUCAAAUAAUCAUAGUGACAAUAACACAAAUAUCCAUUCUGAUCAUCUAUUCAAUGAAGCAGAUAAAGGAUUAUUGCUUGGUACUACCAAGCCAUCUUCUCGAAGGAGGACUAGUUUUAUUCAUACUAGUAGUAAAAAGCCAGUCAGUUUUCAGGAACAGCCAAAAUCUUACGAAAGUGCUAUUGAUCCUUUAGAUGCCAAGAAUGUAGAUAAUAAAAAGGUUUAUGAAUAUGAUCUAUCUUAA